UUUCCCCUUAGCUUAAACCGGAGAGCGAAUACAAAACCCGAACGCGAAGACAGUGACACGCCGCCAACUGUAGCCCUGUAACGAGGGGUAACUUCCUUAGAGACACGAGUGGCACUUGAUGUGAGUGACUUGUUGGCACUUCACGUUGUGUUUUUAGACAAGCUUAGCUGUAAGUGGCCAUCAUGGUAAAGGAGGGUGCUACAACACUGCCCUCACCAGGCACUCCUGCAGCCUUGCCCAUCCUGAAGGAUUUUCUCAGACACAGAGAUGAGAAUCCUGUUGAUUAUAGCCAUGCGGAUGAUGAUCUCCACAUGCCUGAGUACUUAACUGGCUACCACAGUUUAAGAGAAAAGAUCCAUAGUCGGAUUGAAUCAAAAGACAAAUUCUUCUCCCUUGAGUUUUUCCCUCCCAGGACGAAAGGUGGUGCAGUGAACCUCUUAGCCAGGUUUGAUCGCAUGCGUGAAGGAGACCCCCUAUUCUGUGAUAUUACAUGGCAUCCUGCUGGCAACCCAGGGGGAGAUACAGAGACCUCAUCUAUGACCAUUGCUGGUGCUGCCUUGAACUACAGUGGCCUAGAGACAAUGCUGCACAUGACCUGUUGUUCUAUGACCAAAGCAGAAAUCAGCAGACACCUUCAGCGUGCCAAGGAUAUAGGCCUUAAAAAUAUUCUAGCACUGAGAGGAGAUCUUCCAAGUGGCAAGGACAGCUGGGAACUCUCAGAGGAUGGGUUCAACUAUGCUACAGAUCUCGUCAAACAUAUCAAAAAGGAGUUUGGAGAUUACUUUGUUACCUGUGUAGCUGGUUAUCCCACAGGCCACCCUGAGGCCACAUCAUAUGAGGAUGACUUGAAGCACCUGAAAGAAAAGAUUGAUGCUGGAGCAGAUUUCAUCAUAACGCAGCUAUUCUUCAAGGCAGAGACAUUCAUCAAGUUUGUGAAUGACUGCCGGGCCAUUGGGAUCAAAUGCCCUAUCAUCCCAGGACUCAUGCCUAUCCAGAGUUAUGAUUCCCUGAGGCACAUUGUCAAGCUCUCAAAGUUAGAUGUCCCUGAGGACAUCAUGAAUGUUGUUGCACCAUUGAAGGACAAUGAUGAAGCGAUCAGGAACUACGGGAUUCAUCAGAUGUGCACUCUUAUCAAGGAGUUGUUUGCAGCUGACAUGGCUCCUGGAAUACACUUUUAUACACUAAACAGAGAAGUAGCAACUACAGCCAUUCUGAAGCAACUUGGCUUGUGGGCAGCAUCUCCGAGGAGACCCCUACCUUGGAAAAUGGCCGCUAACCAUAAACGAAGUGGAGAAGAUGUCCGUCCUAUUUUCUGGGCUACACGACCAAAAGCUUAUGUAUACAGAACACAGCAUUGGGAUGAAUUUCCAAAUGGAAGAUGGGGAGCUUCAGAAUCACCUGCUUUUGGUGAAUUGAAAGAUUACUACCUUUUCUACCUCAAGAGUAAGAGCUCUAAAGAGGAGCUGCUGUCCGUGUGGGGAGAAACACUGGAAAGUGAGCAAGAUGUUUGGGAUGUUUUCCAUGCAUACUUGACGGGUGGGCUGAAUAAGGCAGGCCAGAAAGUAACCAAGGUUCCUUGGAAUGAUGACGAGCUAAGUUCAGAGACUUCCUUGUUGACAGACAAGUUGGCUGACUUCAAUAAACGUGGCAUUCUUACCAUCAACUCCCAGCCCAGAGUGGAUGGCGCAAGUAGUGAGGACCCGGUUGUGGGUUGGGGAAUGCCUGGUGGCUAUGUCUACCAGAAAGCCUACCUGGAAUUUUUCACAUCAAAGGAGAAUGUUGAUGCUCUUCUGAAUGUGUUGCCACUCUUCCCCAGAAUUAAUUAUCAUAUUUUGAAUAAAGAUGGCAAAGCAGACUUCAGUAAUUGCCAUCAACACCGUCCAAUGGCUGUGACUUGGGGUGUUUUCCCUGGCACAGAGAUUAUUCAACCUACCGUAGUGGAUCCUAGUAGCUUUAAGGCGUGGAGGGAUGAAGCCUUUGGUCUCUGGGAAGAACAGUGGGGAAAUCUGUACCCAGCAGAGUCCCAGUCAAGGCAGAUAAUAUCCCAGAUCACCAGCACAUACUACCUCAUCAAUCUUGUUGACAAUGACUACCAAAAGGAGUCCUGUCUCUGGGAUGUUCUAGAGGCUAUGUUUGCCUGGAGAAAACUGAAGGAGGAGAAACAGGAGGAGCAGAGGAAUGACAAGGACCUCUGUGUAUGUGUUCAGGGGUAGGAUGUUAGUUGUUGCUCGUGUGUUCCUCAGUAGAAGUCAGGUUUUAAUGUGUUAAGUGUAGUGUUGUCUACUUACAGAUUUUUAGGUCAUGUUGAAAAGGAAUGGUGUAAGAUAUAAGAAAUCUAAUUUCUUUCCAAAGAUAUUACAGCCAGUCCAUUCUUGUUAUUUAUUUUAGUAUGUGCUAAUACAACUACUAAUUUUUUGUAUCCAUUUAUUGCAAAGUUUGAUUUUGACAUUUAAUUUGAAGAUGUGUAUUGGUUUUAAGUAAAUAUACAACUGACAAAUAUCCAUAUGCAAGUCAGUUGCAUAAGGAAGCAAAGUAAAAUUUAGUAUUUUUGUUACUUGCUUUGUCAUUGUUUUAAUCACUGCAUUAUAUUUAUUUUAUCGUUCAAAAAAAAGUAUAUUUCUUUCCAUGGAAGGAUAUAAAGAUGAAAUUUUAAACUUCAUUUUGAUUGCUAUAGAGUAAACGUUUAGAUUUUUUAAAACCUAAAUUAAGAAUAGGAAAUCUCAUUUCUUUCUGUUUUCUAACAGGAUUAUAUGAAAACAUUUUUAUUGGAUAAUAAAGUCUAUUUCAUGUGGAAUAAGAAUUUUUUUUAUAGGUUUUUAUUACAUAUACAGUACUGGCUUUGUUGCAGUUGUGCAUAAUGACAUAACUAGAUAUUGAUUUCUUAAGAUGUUCAUAUAAUGCUGUUGUAAAAACACAGGUGCUGUUACAUUGUAAUUUAAACUUAAUGCAUUACUUUUUCUCUUUGUGAUUUAACUUGAUAGUUUAAAUUUUAUGGAAUAUCUGUUUUUGGAAUGUAGUAUGAUGAUAAACUGCCAGGCUGUUUCAAGCCAAUCUGACGACACUGUGAUUCCUUUUGACAUAAUACUGUUUUACAAUAAAAAAAAAAAGUGUAAAGCAGUGGUUUCUUGGUGCAGUUUUCUGACAUUACCUACUUUAAAACAAAGGAGACUCACUAUUUUCUUUUCUUAUGAAACGGUGAUAAUUAUUUUAGAAAGAUAGUUAAAUUGGUUAAUAAAAUAACUAUUAUCUCUCAUUUAUUACUUUAGGUUUCUGUUUUAUAGCUAAUUCGUUCUUGAAGAUGUGUAUAUUAGUCAAUAGAAAUUCAGGACAUUGCAACAAAGCAUAUUGGUUCUAUAGUCAAACAGGAAGCACAUACCUUAUAAGUGCAUCCUUUUUAUUUUGCUUUUAAAGAGGAUGCUUUUGACCAGUGAAUCCAAAUCAGUCUUAUUUGGAGUCAGUAGAAAAAAAGUUAAGUUUGUUUAUAUCUUCUUCUCAUGAUGGAUACUCAGCUCAGGGAGUAAAGCUGAUCUCAGUUUAUAACCAUAUGCAACCAGCUUGAUUUCUGUCAUUGCACACAAUCAUUCAUUUCAUAGUUCAUUAUUCACUGAUUAGUAACCAUUAAGAGCUGUAACAUUUCAUGGAUCACUUUUGCACUUAGAUGAUUUGGUAUUUUGUAACAUUUGAAUAUAUUUUCCAUGUAAAAGAUGACAUCAUAAAAUCCUCUUCAGCCUCCAUCUGCAACAUGUUCAUCCUUGUUCAGCUUUGUAUCCACAUGAAAAAAUGGUCUUGCCAUUGUCAGGCACUGAAUGUCCUUUAGGUUCAUUCACACGCACUUCAGUCACUCAUUAUUUAUGUUUUCAUUGACCCAUUGUUGCUGAAUACAUGCAAAAUCCAAUAUGGUUUUGUUCUACUAAUCUUCUUUACAAAUAGACAGUUCCACAAGCUCUUAGUCACCAAAGAGUCAGUUACUAGGCCUACCUGAUUUACCCUGUUCCUGAAAUUUUGAGGAAAAAAAGUGUUCAAAUCUAUUACUGUGACUAUUUAAAUUAUUUUUAUUAUUGUUAUUAUUCUUAUAAAAGCAUCAACAAGAAUUCUAAUAAUGAAAGAUGUAUAAAGUGAACACGUAACAUUAGGUAGCCUAGUACCUGACUCCUUAGUUACUAAAUGUUUCCAGAGUUCUCUUUGUAUAAAUAAAAUUGAUAAAACAAAAUCAUAGUGGACAGUGUAGUAUACAUGCACUUCCUGCAGCAACAGGUUAAUACACAGAUGUGUAUUCUAUCAUGUAGUCUGUAAUUGAAAGUAAAUGGGUCUGACCUUUGUAUGUUUAGGCAGCAUUUUCAAUAAAUAAUAUUUUUAA